CCUGAAACCCAAACAUACCAUCGCCCCUUGGGCCUUGCCUCUCUUCCCCCGGCUAGUACAUCUUUUUCUCCAAGUCAAGUCAGGAGGAGGUCCGUGCGGUGCGGGAGAGCGGCACGGCGGCGGAGAAACCUCGGCGACCAGACGACGGCGCAGGUUGGCUCCAGUUCGGCGUGGUGAAUCUGCAGCGGCAGUCAGAUCAAGGCAAGGAUGGGUCGGAAAGCUGGGCUGUACAUAAACCCAAAGAAGUUUGGCGGCGUCGUUAAGCCUUGCAUGCUGGAGAUGACGGCCUUCCUCAACUGCCUUGCCUUGAACAAGCAGAUCGAUGAAAAGUGCACGAGGCAGAAGGAGCUCUUGAUCACCUGUACCCAGGCUCAGAAGGGCAGGCCAAAGAACGCUGCCAAGACCAUCAAUUACCAUCUUCAGAGGCUUGGGCGAGACAAGUUCCACUAGUUGGAGUGAAAACUCUUUCCCCAUUUUCAUUGCCCUGAUGUCUGGGUAGCAAUAAUUUCUUCCAAGUAGCUUUUGCUAAACGAGCAGUGAUCUUUAGACAUUGGUGAAGUUUGAAUCGAUUUUGGAUGUGAGACUUGUAAGGCAUCAGCACAAUAUCAGUAUGGUUUACUUCUCAUGAUAUAAUAUGCACUGCACUACUA